AUGUUCUUUGCUGUAGUAUUCGCCUUUCGCUUUGCUCGGUCAAUUGCCAAUCUCGUCGCCAACACGCGUUAUAAGUCGAUUCCAAUUCCUAAGAAGCCUACGUACAAGCCUUCUGAUGUCACCGUAAUCAUCUGUACGACUGACCUGGCCUCGAAGACCUUCCAUAAGGUGCUCGACUCGAUCUUGAUCCACCAGAUUCAUCGCCUUAUCAUUGCCACGGCGGGGGAGAAAGUCCAUGUCGACAAGAAGGCCUUCGACAAGAAGUAUACCGACCCUCGCAUUCAAUUCCUCUGGCGUGCUGAGCCAAACCGUCGCGAGCAGACGGCACAGGCUAUGGAUUUCGUAAAGACGAAGCUUAUGAUCACGCAGGACGACCAUAGCUGGUGGCCGGCGUCACCAAAGUUCCUCGCGUCCAUGCUGGCUCCUUUCGAGAACCCCAAGGUAGGCGGCGUUGGCCCCGUUCUAGAGGCCAUCAAUCACGAGCACCCACUGUCUGCGAAGGGUUUCUGGAAUUUCAUGGGCUGCACUUAUCUUCUCCGCCGCGCACAUGACCCCAAGUUCAAGCAGGAGUAUCUCAAUGAAUACAUCUGUUAUGGUAAGGUCGGACGUCUCGCCGCGGGUGACGACAAGUUCCACACUCGCUGGCUGACGAACCACGGUUGGGAUGUCGCUAUCCAAGGCGGACCUGAGUCAAUCAUGGAGACUGAGCUUGGGGAGUGGCCCAAAUUCCUGGGGCAGUGCGUUCGCUGGAACCGUAGCACCUACCAGUCCAACCCUCGUGCACUGUUCACCGAGGGCACUUCUCUUCGUCGAUUCCCCUACACGUCCUACAGCAUCCUGAUCUAUUCCUUCUUCCGCUUCUCGUUCCUGUACGAGGUUGUCUUGACAGCGCUUCUCUGGAUGGCUCUUCGAGAGGCAGGUGCCCAGGACUGGCUCCGGGUCGCUUUUGCAGCUCUCAUGGGAUGGUGCACGCUGAUGAAGUUCGUCAAGAUCUGGCCGCACUUCCGCAAGUACCCCAAGGAUAUCCUGUACUUCCCUGGAUACAUUCUGUUUGGCUGGUACUGCACCUUCAUCAAGCUGUAUGCGAUCUACACCUUACGUGAGACGUAUUGGGCGACCGCCGCCGAAGCAUUCAAGCGUCGUACCGAAGCGCAGAACGGAGAGGAUAAGGCUGCCGUCAAUGGCAAUGGCAAGGCUACCCCGAAUGCAGGCAAUGGCCACAAUGGGAAGGAUACGCGCCAAAAGCUCCGCAUCGAGUAG